GCAGUGGUUUUCUAGUGAGCGUUUACGAUGCUCUGCCAAACUUCGCAGCUGCCAAAGAGCAGUGCGGCUCUGGAUCAUUAUUCAAUCCUGAGAAUAGGUUCCACUCAUCUUCAUGUGCUUAUAAGUACCUGGCAUACAACACGAUGAAGAACAACAAACAUUACCAGUACUGGACUACUGAUCCCAACAAGGUUUUGCACUUUGGACAAAACUCAAGUUGGUACGAUGCCGUUUUGGUUGACGGUGAUGCCACUCAUCUCUACUUGACAGCAUGUUUUGAGGAGUUUGAUGAAUGCACUGAAGGUUAUCAUGAUUGUGCAGAAAACAGUCGUUGUAUCAAUACUGAUGGUUCAUACCGCUGUGAAUGCUUCGAUGAUACCAGCCUCAACGGAAACUAUGCUAACCGCUGUGACGGCUGGAAGAGGAUAUCUAACUACUCUAUGAGUGCAAAGGUGUUCCGGGGGGUUCCUCUAGCCCAUGAUGACGUCUGGCCAUUUUGCACUUCUUUUUCUGGCGGAUCAAGGGUCUACUACUAUUAUGCCUUUGGAAAGUAUGUUGCACUGUCCCGUGACAAGCUGGCAGAUACGUUUCAUCUUGACAAUGACACCAAUAGUUACUGGGUGAUCACUGACCAGUCCAACUUGACUGGUUGCCCAUAUAUGAUUGGCAGAAAUCCAGUUGCUGGUGGCAACUGCGGAAUAAAAAGACAUGCAGUCUGCAGCCGGGCCUUGAAUUGGUUCUAUGACCCACUCAAAUGUAUGCCAAACACUUACCUGUUGAAGGUGCCGUAUUACAAAGACAAUUACGAAAGCCCGCAGUUACUUAUACACACCUUAGAAGAGGCAAAAAUCCGUUGCAGGGCAUUUGCCCUGAUCUUGCCAAACAAUCGUGCUUGCCUUAGACAGUACAUGACAGCCAGUCAGGUACCAGGACUUGCCUGGCUGGGGAAUAGCCGCGCUAUUGAUAGUGACGGACGUGAACAAUCACCACAUAUGGCAACAACAAUUUGCGAGGCUCCUUUAAGAGUGCUUUGCGAAUUUCAGCCUGCCAGGGCUGCUGCUCAAAUAGUCAGAUUAUUUGCUCAUCCGUUCAAUGAGCAUACCUGGAAAGCGGCAGACAUACGGUGCAAAUAUCAAGGUGGAAAUUUGUUCAAUAUAUCAGAUUAUAAAAGAACCGAAUGUGCUAAGGACUUUCUUGUAAAGCUAGGUGUCAUGAUUAGUUCUCCAUAUAUAUGGGCAGCUAAUGACCAAAAAAUGGCCUACUCCAUUGAGAAAGCAACAUUGUUAAGCCGCGUGGACCUGGACACAGCACAUGGACGAAGUGUAGUUUGCGAAUUACCCUUAAUGACAACAUGUGGAGACGUACGCUUCCGGGUUGUGGUCUGGAAUGAAUUUUAUCGUUUCACGAAAGAACACGCUCUAGAACAAUGCAACGGGCACUUCUUUUAUGAACCCUGGUUCCAGCGGUCCACAUGUUUACACGAAUUCUUGCAACCGGUGACAGUCCACUUCCAGGAUUCAGAUUUCUGGACAAAUACACCUAACCAAUCUAUAGACUACCAACAUUCCACCGUCCAUCUCAAACCAGUCGACGACUCAACAGCAGAACGAAUGGUGCUCUGUGCAUGUAAGUAA